AUGUCCAAGCUGCUGGCGCCGCUGCCGUGGCUGCUGCGUAAGCGGCUGCUCCUCCUCCCGCUCCUCCUCCUCGCGGCCGUCGCCUUGUUCUUCGCCGUGCCGCGGUCCUCGCCGGCGCUCCUGAACCGCGUGCACUGGCGCAGCGACUGGUCCUGGGUCGACAUGGGCGCCUCGGGCAUGGCACCGAUGCGCCGCUACCACUCGUUUGCGCACCGUUCCAUCGACGUGCGCUUCCUCGAGCGCCGCGAGCGCCGCUGCAGCCGCGACCAGAUCUUCCUCGCAACGCGCGGCUCCGGCACCGAGCCCGGCGCCGUCAUCCUCGACCACACGGGCGAGCUCGUCUGGCGCCAGCCCCGGAUGGCUGACGAAGUGCACGACUUUCGCGUGCAAGAAUACAAGGGCGAGCAGUUCUUGACAUUUUGGGCCGGCAAGCCCGACGGCGGCACCAAACAGGGGUUGUGGUAUCUGAUGGACGACACUUAUACAAUUCGUCACAAUAUCUCGGCGCCGGGCUUCGAAUUCGGUGACAUGCACGAGUUUGAGCUGACACCCACCGGCACAGCGCUCGUCACCAUCUACAGCCCGAUCCCGGCCGACCUGUCCCCCAUCGGCGGCGCCGCGCAAGGCUACAUCCUCGACGGCAUCUUUCAAGAAGUCGACCUCGACAGCGGAAAGGUGCUGUUCGAGUGGCACGCCUCGGACCACAUCCCCCUGCACACCUCCCGCAAGCCCCUCAAAGGCUGCAGCGAUGACCCGAAAAGGGCCUUUCUCGGCUGCGGCCACACGCCUGACGCCGCGUUCGACUACUACCACAUUAACAGCGUGCAAAAAGACGCACAGGGCAACUACCUCGUCUCCGGCCGCCACACGUCCUCGCUCACCUACAUCAACGGCUCCAGCGGCGCGCCAGUCUGGCACAUGGGCGGCGCCCUCAACGACUUCGCCGUCGUGCCGCUCGGCACCAACGUCCUCUUUGCGUGGCAGCACCACGCCCGGCUGCACGCCGACGACGGCACCAUCACGCUCCUCGACAACAACGCCUACGACCCGCACGCGGCGCCGCGCACCGAGUCGCGCGGCCUCACGCUGCAGGUCGACUUGGCCACCAUGACCGUAACCCUGCGGACCGCCUACCGCCAGCCGCAGCAGAUCAUGGCCUUUUCGCAGGGCAACGCCCAGCGGCUGCCGUCGGGCAACCUCUUUGUCGGCUGGGGCAGCAGCGCCGCCUUUACCGAGUUCGCGCCCGACGGCGAGGUCCUCUGCGACGCACGCUUCGCGCCCGCCGCCUGGUUCGCGUUCCAGCCGCUCAGCUCGUACCGCGCCUACCGCGGCCGCUGGGUCGGCAAGCCCCGCGCGCCCCCGGACGUCGCCGUCGUCGGGCGCAGCGUCUACGUCAGCUGGAACGGCGCCACCGAGGUCGCUGCCUGGCGGUUCCAGGGCCGCACGGGCGAUGGCGAUGGCGACUUUGAGGACGUCGCUGAGAUGCGCAAGGAGCACUUCGAGACGGCCUUUUCGGCUGCUAACCUGAGGCGGACGUAUAGCAAGAUUCGCGUGCAGGCCGUGGAUGUGGGAGGCGUCACGCUCGGGACGACGGCUGAAGUUGAUCCGCCCAGCCGCUGGUCGCUGUUGAUUGGCGCCAUUGAUCUGCUUGUUCUCGCAUCCGUGGCUGGCGUUGUUGCUGCCUGUGUGCUGACUGUCGCGGGUGCCGUGUCGUGUAGGAGACGAUAUAAGAAGAGCGCUUCAUCUGAGGGAUACAGGCUCGUCGAAAUGGGGACCGAACAUUGA